UCUCACUACAAACCCUUCUCCAUACUCCUCUCUUUCUCUCUCUACCCUCUCCAAUUCUCUCUGCUCCUCUCCUCAAUCUCUCUAGGAGUGUUGUAUUUGGACUCAUGUCUGUUCCAGGAAAUGCAGAGCGGUCUCUUAGUUUUUCGAGCAGUAUCCCUAUAAAGAAGAGGCGGAUUCCGGUAUUCCAGCCUUGUUCUCCUCCCCGAGAAGAAAAUCCUCCAGCUUUGGAGGAUUGCGGUUCAAAGCAAAAAGAAGAAUCUAAAGGUCAAGAUGGAGGUGGGAUGCCGUCAAGUGAGGCAAUGAAAUCUGAUUCUUUGGUUAACUCUGUGAAAAAGGAAGUUGAUCCAGUGAAGCUAGCUAAUGUGGAUGUUGCUGCAUCCAAGCCUGUUGAGGCGAAGCCCGGAAGUAGUUUAGGUCUUCCAGAUGAUUCAGGGAACAAAAAGGUCGUCGAGCAGAGUGAAAGAUCUUCAGCACAUGUGAAGCAGGAAAUUGUUGGUGGACAAAUUGAAGGUACCUUUGGACUUCAACGUUCUACUGAAAAAAUGAAUGUUGAAUUGUCAUUAGGACCACAAGAAUCGGUUGUUCAUGCUUCGGAACAUCAACAAAAGGAAGUUAAUAUCCGUAAAUCUGACAAAGUAGAAUCUUUGUUGAGUUUGGCUUUACAUGAGGAAAAGCUUGUUUCGCGUGACAAGAAAGAUAUUGCUGCUGACUCCAGCAAUCCGGUAUCUGCUAAUCGAUCAAAUUGGGAUUUGAACACGACUAUGGAUGUAUGGGAAGGUUCUACAUGUAGCGAUGCAUUUACUCAGGGGCUUGGUAAUAUUGGUGGGUUCAACAAGAGUGAUAGUCAUCGCGAUGAUAAAUCUUUGUUGACUAUGGCCAGUUUGACUCGUCCUGGUUAUAAUAAAGGAAAACAUAUAUUAGAUGGUCACACAUCCAGUUCUUUUAAGUUAUUAUCUCCACAACAGCGCAAGGUGGAUGAUUCACUUGGUCUUAGGCUAGCUAUGCCGUUUAUGGAUACCAGCAGUGUGCGCUCAUCUUUAUCUGAUAACUUAGACCUUACUAGUGCCAGUCCAAAUUUGAGUUCGAAACAGGUGCAACUACCCAUCGUGAAUGUGAGUAGGGCUGUGAAAACGGAACCUAUAGAUGAUAAUUCGAAACGUGACUGUAGCAUAGGUAGUUCUAGCAGUACCAAUAUGGAAUCUUCAAAGUUCAGUUCAGUUAAAAGAGAAUGUGCCAUUAACCACAGCUUACAAACAAUAUUGCAGUCAUCCCCAAGUCUUGAGAAAAUAGAUGACCGUAUACCGAUAAAGUCUGAAGUGGUUCAGGAUUACAAGCAAGAAGUCUGCAAGUCAAUUGAUGCUGCUACUCCACCUGUUACAAGAGUUAUGCAGCAUCAAGAUAGCUGUGCAUCCUCUUCUGCCAUGCCAGUUUCUUUGUUGCCUCAGAGUAUAUCUCCUGCGCGGUUAACAACUUGUUCAGAGGUAACUACAAAUAGAGAUAUUUUAAAUCAAUCUGAACAAUCCAUUCAUAGUAAGGAAUCUCAGAGCAGUGACAACAAGCCUGAUGAGCCAAAUGCUAUGCCUAUCAGAAAGGACAACAACCAAUUAAGAACGUCUCAGUUAGGGAGUUCGAGUGUUGUAGACGAGGGUAAGUGUGCAUUGGCUCGGAUUGAUGAACAUGCAGUUGAAUCAUUCCAAAAUGACAACACAUCUGAAAAUGGUGAGGUAGAUAUGGACAUAUCUAAUGAUACUCGUGAAGAAAAUUCCUCUGGGUCUGAUACUGAUACUGAAUCUGCACAUAUUCGUGCCGCUGGUACUGUUCGUCAAAAGGAAGAUGAAGAAUAUGAAGAUGGUGAGGUUCGAGAGCAUUUGCAACAUGCAGCUGAAGGAGCUCCAAUUGUUGAGGGAAAGGGUAAUGAUGAUUUAAAACUUGUCGCAUUUGAUUCUCAAAAUUUGCAGCCUGGUGAUCCUUCAGUCAGCCAAAGCAUGAGUACAUCUGUAUUCAAGGAAAAAGAAGAUGUAGAGGAAAAUAUUGACGGAACUCAAGCUGAACCGACCAAUGAUCAAGUUGGUGCUUGUUGUGAGCCUGACAUUGAAGAUAACUCGUUGCAUGAGUCAUAUGAAAUGUCAGAAGUGGUUGCUGAAGAGAAAAGAGCAACCAGUGUCACUCUUGAUGGACAACUUGAUAUGUCAGUAGAAGAUAUGCUCGAAAGACAAGUCUCUUCUGAUAUUCCAACUGAUCAAAGCCAUGGGAUCGAUGUUGGAAUUGGUGGUGAGGCCAAGGUUGUUAGAGAAAACUGCAUGCAUGAGGGUGAGGGUGAUUUGACUUUGUCUGAUGUCGGAGCAUGUCUAGAUGGCCAUGAUGCCGCUAAGGAUUCCAACAAUGCUAGUAAUAAGAGCCGCAUCAUAAAUUUAUCACGCCCUUCAGUUAUGUCAGCUCCUUUCAAAACAAAACACUAUUCAAAUAGGUCACAGACGACACGAAGUGGGAAAGAAAGAUAUUCUGAUUUUGAUGGAGAGAUGCAACCAAGAGGCAAUAGCAGAGAUGAAUUCUAUACUGGCGGUUCAAAUAAAUUUGUGAAAGAUAGGGCCUAUGAUCAAUCGGUCAGGAAUUCUAGACCAAAUUUCAUGCGUGGAAAAGGGAGAACCGGUGGCCGUUUUGGCUCGUUCCGUCGUGAAUGGGAUUCUGAUCACAACUUUGCACCAGAAAGUUCUUAUGGCCAAUCUGAUUAUCGAGUCAUCAGGCGUAAACAUGCUUCAUCCAUUUCUGAUGCUGAUCUUGAACAUGGUGGCUAUAAUAUUCCACAAGAUAAUACCUCUUUUGGUGGUAACAGAAGGAAGACAAUGAAUGAUGAAUUUUCUUCACUACGCCGUGCAUCCUUGAGGAGAGUCUCUUCUGGUGAUAGAGAUGGUCCUGUGGCAAGGGGCUUUCAGAUGAUUCACAGAAUCCCAAGAAAUUCAAGUCCAAGACGCAGUUCUGGAGAGGCUGGUUCCAAUAUGAUGGGACUUCAAAACGAUGAGAAGUUUAUGCAGCAUUUAUCUGAUGAUGUUGGUAAUCCUGUCUAUGCUCAACCACAAGCUUUGUAUGAAGAACUUGAUAAUCAGCUUGUGCGUGGGAACAGGAACUUCUCUACUACCCUGCAAAGAAAGGGCUAUCCUCGAAUUCGCUCAAAAUCUCCAGUUAGAUCUCGAACACGUUCUCCUGGUCCGUGGUCAUCUCCUCGCAGGAGAUCACCCAACGGACUUCAAGAGCUUGUUCAGCAUCAGUCUCCAGCGUUGUAUAGAAUGGGGAGGAUGAGAUCUCCUGACCAUGGUUGUUUUCAUGAUGACAUGGUUGCUAGAAGGCGUGGAUCUCCCUCCUAUGUUGCAAGGCAUAAUAAUGACAUGAGAGAAGUUGAUUCUGGAAGGGAGCACAUUCAUCCUAGGACUACUGAUUCUAAUAGGAGAGACUCACCUGGACUUUUUUUUCCUAGAAAUACUAGGAGAGCUGAUGCAUUAGAUUCUCGAGAGAUGGGAGAUGGUGAAGAGUACUUGAAUGGGCCAUCACAUUCCAAUAAGUUUCAUGAGCUUCGUGGUGGUGAUGGCAGCAUGGAUGAUAGAAGAAAGUUCAUAGAGAGGAGAGGACCUAUCCGUUCGUUUCGACCAAAUUUUAACAAUGAUAAUGAAAAUUUUAGAUUUCAUAUGAAUGAUGGACCCAGGCCAUUCAGAUUCUGUCCAGAUGCAGAUACAGAAUUUGAGAGAAGUAACGGCCGGGAAAGGGAAUUUGAUGGGCGAGCCAAGCAUCCAUCUCUUGCUGUACCACGGAGAAUGAGAAAUAUGGAAGAGCAGCAGGAUGGAAAUUUCAGACCUCCUGUCGAAAGGGUCUGGCAUGAUGAUGGAUUCACUGAGGCUAGAGUGAAAAGAAGAAGAUUUUGAGUUGCUACUGCCCUUUUUAUGCUUGGAUGUAGCAGCAUCCGAUGCGAACAGCAAUAUCUGCAUGUGAAUGAAGUUUGCUGGAAGAGAAGGGGCAUCAAGAUGCCGGUAUGGUUUAAUUUCAUGGAAAACAAGGGUCACUCAGCUUUGCUCGCCUAAGAUUGGUAUAAGGAGCUGAGAUUCUGGAAAAAUAAUGUACUAAGAAUUAAUAUCUUGAUUGGCAACAUGAGUCUGUUGUUAAAUGCUUGGCAGGUCCCUUGAAAAAGUUGGCUCUUCUAAGUGCUCUGAUUCUCCUGGUGGUGCAGCAUGGGUUCAUUGCAGCAUCAUGAGUGAAGUUCCUAAGUUACUGUUUCGAGUCUUUUUAUGUUGGUGCUCAUCGCUUGUAAAUUCUCAGAUGGAGCCUCCAAUAGUUUGUAGCCUUAGGUCCAAUCUUGGUGCUCAAUGGAUGGAGUUUUUUACGUAAUAAUAAAGAUUUCAUCACAAGUUGCAUUCAGAUUGAUAGGGUGCUCUGUAUAUUGUGAUCUUGUGGAAGCUUGAGCCUAAAGAAAAUAUCACAACUUAAAACAGUGCCAACUCGUGUCGCAACUCUUAUCUACUAUUUUUGUUCGGUAGCCACUGCAGUUUACUAUUUUUAGCACAAUGUUCUCGACUGUUCUUUCAGCCAGGAUUUGUUCGAGAAAAGGUCUGAAUCUUCCUCUUCUUUUGUGUGAUGUUUGCUGGAGGGUUGUCCCUUUGUUUGAAGGGUGAGCUGUUGUCAUCAGUUUUUUUGCUGAAAACAGAUUUUAUGGAUCUACCAUUAGUUUUGGAGUCAAAUUUUCACUCCAUUAUUAAUCGUAUUUGACAUUUGAUUUCUGUAUGGCUCACUCAGAACAUGCUAUCUGAUGAUUUCUGUUGCGACUGACUGGAAUGAGUAGAAUGUGUUUUUUCUCAUGUGAUCGGCCGUUUUAUGGCAUGGAUGGAUACUUGUGUCGUCCAUUUAUGCGGAUGCUUCCAGAUUAAAAUAUGUCUCACUUGUGUUGGACUAGUCUGCUCCUGAUGGGCUCUGUAGUUCUUCUGGUAUGUGCUCUUUGUUGCAUAUGACUUUGUGAGCAGAAUGUGUUGAGAACAAGCAGUGGCGACUCGUGGGCGGAUUGAUAUUAGAUCGAUCGAAUCGUUAAUGGUGGCUGAGGGUGACUGAAUCUCCUUUGAAAGAAAGUGUCUAAUUCUGUUCAAACUGAUAGGUGAUGAUUGGCAAGUGAGGUGUUCAUGAAACUUGAUUAGGUUUGGAGGGUUUUGAUAUCUUUCAUUUCUAACUGAAUGAAGACACAGAGAGAUAUAUGUUGAAGACAGUAUAUGGUUCCUUUGCAGGUGAAUAAUUUGAUGUUUUGUGAAAAUAUGUACUUUUUCUUAUGAAUAGUUCUUAGUUUCUUGAA